ACCUUUUAAAGCCCUAAAAUCCAAAACCCUACUUUUCAGCGUCGCUUAAGUUUUUCGUUUCCAUCUGUACACUUCGAACUUCCCCUAAAUGUGAACGAAGUGUUAGGUUCCAUUCUCCAACUACACCACACCACACCUCUCUUUCUCCCUUUUCCCAAUUUUCUCUUCACAUUUUCCCACUCCCCUAAAAGAAAGAGAUUACCUUUUUUUUUUUCUUUUUUUUUAAGGGAAACGAAAACAGAUGGACUCGAGAGAACCGCCACAGCCAUCACCACAACCACAGCAGCUACAGUCACCGCAUGCACCGCCACCGCAAUUACAAUCACAGCCAAGCAUGAUUCUGGUCCCCACCUCCUCCUACCCCUCAACCACUUCUCACCUGAUCAACAACCCCAAUAUCUCUCCUCAAAAUGCUGCUCUUGGCGGUGGUUUCCCCUUCAAUACGAUGUCAGGAAAUCGGCUGCAAUCCAAGCCUGAAGGUGCUUUUGAUGGAUCGUCGCCCACUUCUUCUUCAGGGAUGAGGUUUAGUAUAGAGCCCGCCAAGAAGAAACGGGGGAGGCCCAGGAAGUACACACCCGACGGUAACAUUGCCUUGGGUUUGUCACCCACCCCCGUCCCUUCAGGAAUUUCGGCUGGGCAUGCGGAUUCGGGUGGCGGCGGUGUCACGCAUGAUGCGGCAUCUGAACAUCCUUCUAAAAAGAACAGAGGAAGGCCGCCAGGUUCUGGGAAGAAGCAGCUUGAUGCCUUGGGUGGGGUUGGAGGCGUAGGGUUUACACCACAUGUGAUCACGGUGAAAGCUGGAGAGGACAUAGCAUCAAAGAUUAUGGCUUUUUCACAGCAAGGGCCACGGACAGUUUGUAUUCUCUCUGCAAAUGGUGCCAUCUGCAAUGUUACACUUCGCCAACCAGCAAUGUCUGGUGGUUCCGUGACAUAUGAGGGUCGAUUCGAAAUCAUUUCUCUAUCAGGUUCCUUCUUGCUCUCUGAAAGUAAUGGCAGUCGGAGCAGAUCUGGUGGUUUGAGUGUAUCGCUGGCAGGGUCAGAUGGUCGAGUUUUGGGUGGGGGAGUUGCUGGGAUGCUAACAGCAGCUUCUCCUGUACAGGUAAUCGUGGGCAGCUUCAUUGCAGAUGGAAAGAAAUCGAAUUCAAGUGCUUCAAAAUCUGGACCUUCCUCAACACCCCCACCCCAGAUGUUGAAUUUUAGCGCACCAUUAACCACAGCAAGCCCCCCCUCUCAAGGGGGCUCAAGCGAUUCUUCUGACGAGAAUGGUGGCAGUCCUGUUAAUCGGAAUCCUGGAAUUUAUGGCAACCCCAAUCAAUCCAUUCAUAAUAUGCAGAUGUACCAACAACUAUGGGCUGACCAAAAUCCACGGUGAAAAUGCUUCCCACUCAACACUACCGCGCUUUGGACCAUUGACAUGGCACUCCUUCCAUAGUAUAUUGAAGUCGACACUAAUCUUAACACCGUGAUUGAAUCCAAAGCACGAAUGAACUCCUCUCUAGUGUAGUUCAGAUUUUUUUUCUUCACUAGUUUUAAUUAAUUCCUUCCCGGUCAUCUGAUCUAAACAAGCCAUGGCUGCCUUAGGAACGUCUUAGUUGAGCGUGCUGUCUAGUUAUGUUACUUUACUGUAUUACUUCAGUUGUAAAAGUUAUGAAUAUAACAGAUGUCUUUAAAUGGAUUGAGUGGGAUUCUACCGCCUAUGCUCUUUCUGCUGGCUUACACGUGCGCAUCGGCGCGCACAAUAUCGGCGGGAAUAAUGUCAACGUUACAUGCUCGGUUUGAGGUUUUAAUGCCAGUGUGAUAAGAGUGAUAUUCUUCUU